AUGUUUCGUCAACUUAUGGAAGCUGUCCACUACCUGCACGAAAGGAAUAUUGUCCAUCGAGACAUUAAACUCGAGAAUAUACUCAUUGACGCAAAUGGCGACGCUAAACUGGCCGACUUCGGAUUCGCCCGAUUUAUCGCUCGUCGAGAGAGGUCACGGUCUUUUUGUGGCACGAGACCAUAUUCUGCUCCGCAAAUAACCGUUUACAAGCCCUAUGACUCGUACGCAGCGGACUGGUACGCUCUUGGAAUCGUUCUGUACACUAUGCUUGUAGGAAAAUGGCCA